AUGUCAACUGACAGCACUUCAGCAAUAUUUUUUCACAGUGCUGGCCCGGACACAAAAGCAAAGGCCAUCCGGCCUGGGAAGCGGGAGCGUAAGGAGAUUGCAGUGGCCAAGGCUCAACUGGUCAAGGACGCUAUCAACCUAAGGGAACCCAACCCAACACAAUCAGUUAAGCAAUGGCGUGCUGGCACGUGGGCCCCUAGUAAAGUCAAAAACAAACGAGACAAUAUUACUAAAGUCCCACUCACAAAGGGCAUGUCCUCUCAAGAAAAAGCCCGGUUUCAGGUUGCCCAAAUGUUGAAUCUACGUAACAUUGCUCGUGGCCAUGCCAAGGAGGACAAAGAUGUCGUUGGUUACAUCCCGGAUGCGUUCUUCAAGUCAUCCAACUUCAAGAAUGCCCUUUCCCAAUAUCAGGGAAGUUUUAUCUUGACUCACGGAAACCAGAAGGAGGUCAUCGCCAUAUAUUGUUUGUUUACACAGAAAGUACGUUAUCUGGUCAAGACGAAUGAAGCCCUAGUCAAAGGAAAGAUGUAUGCGCACGGCUUUAGGUCCUUGUUGACGGGGACUGGUCCUUAUGCGAAUUGCUCAAAACUCCAGAAGGUGAAAAAUUGGAGCAAGAAGGAGUAA